CUAGUGCAGGGCAGAGGGGGAGUUCUGCAGGGUCAAAAAAAAAAUUAUACACAGGAGCUACAAAUCAGAAACUCAGCAGCAGACCGGCGCAACUUUUCUAACAAGCACAUUUAUUUUUAUUUUUUUUUUCCUACUUUUGAUUUAACUCUGGUCGCUGCAACGAUGACCACAGCCGUGGUGUCGCCUUUCUUCGACUUCGAAGUAAUGAACAAGAACAACAAACUGCUCAGCUACAACAACAACAACAACCUGGGUGCCCCCCAUCCCAUGUCUGUCCCUUGCACUGGCACUAAUGUGCCCAUCUCCAGCCCCGCCGGAGCCCUGCUGGACAGGAAGGCGGUGGGCUCUCCCUCGGUGGGAGGCGUGUACCAGCGGCGGCACUCUGUCAGCAGCACGAAGUUCAGCCAGAACCAGUUUCUGAACAGCCUGAAGGCAGCGGACCACUCCUCGCUCAUCUCAGGGGUUGGCAAUGCCAUCAACAACAAGGAGACCCGCAUGCGAGACCGCUCCUUCUCUGAGACGGGUGAGAGGCUCCUCAACAAGUGCCUGGGCCCUGCCAGUCCCACCGGCGGCAGCCAAGUGAACUCCAGCCGCUACAAGACGGAGCUUUGCAGGCCCUUUGAGGAGAAUGGUUCCUGCAAGUAUGGCGACAAAUGCCAGUUUGCUCACGGAAUUCAUGAACUGCGCAGCCUGAGCCGCCACCCCAAAUACAAAACUGAACUGUGCCGCACCUUCCACACAAUCGGUUUCUGCCCAUACGGGCCUCGCUGCCAUUUCAUCCACAACGCUGAGGAGCGCCGUGGACCUCCCCAGCAGUGCUCCCCUCUUAACUCCUCCAACAAGAUGGAGAGGCCUCGACUGCAGCACAGCUACAGCUUCGCAGGCUUCUCCAGCUCAGCUGGGCUGAGAGACAGCCCCACCUCGGUCACCCCUCCACCCAUGUUCUUCCCUGAUGAGGUCCCCGACUGGCCCAGCAGUAACCCCUUCACCUACUCCAGCCAGGAGCUGGCCAACCUGUUUGGCCCCAGCCUCAGUGUUGGUCCUGUAGGCACAGAGCCCAACACCCCUGCACCUCCCUCUCCAACAAGCACACCUUACUAUUUCAGACCCAUGUUGGAGUCCCCUCACAUGUUCGAUUCUCCAUCCAGCCCUCCUGACUCUCUGUCAGACCAGGAGGGCUACCAGAGCAGCUCUGGAGGCAGCCUGAGUGGCUCAGAGUCCCCAACGCUGGAUACCACUCGCCGCCUUCCCAUCUUUAGCCGCCUCUCCAUCUCUGAUGACUAGACUGCACGCAUCCACCAGUGACUUUAAGUUCGAUGACACAAAGAGAACAUGGCACUCCCCUCUACCUCUGCCCUUUUCCUAAGCUUCCCCUCACACAACACCGUUCCUUGUUAGCAUUGUAAGGAUUUAGUCCAUUAAGGGAUUCUCUCUCUCUCUUUCUCUCUCUCUCUCUCUUUCUUAUCAUUUCACCCCUGUAAAUCUGCACAGCAAGUUAAAAAAAGAAAGUACCCUGCCAUGUGUCAUAGUGCCAAAAAGGGAGAGGAAAUUGAACAAUGAAAAUCAUGAGAACAAGAAUUGACUGUUUUGCCAGGUGCCACUUGUUUUUGUUUUUCUUUCUUUCUUAUUCAUUUGUUCUUGAAUGUGUAGCAGCACAAGUGGCCUUGGAAAGGGGAGUGCAUUGCACUAGCCCCCUCCCCCCCUUCUCCUCCCCUGACGAUACCACUUCCCCUGAGCUAGCUAGAGGGUGCUCACUAAUGUAACUGUAGAUCUACCGCAGCAGUUUUUACAGACUGAGUUAAGACAAAAAGGAAAAAAAAUAAAAGACCCUGAAAAGAUAUGAAUAGUUUUUAAAAAAAGGAAAAAAAAAGUGCCUGGGGCGGUUUCUGCAUGUGUUUAGGGUGAAUGGACUACUGUUUGUUUUUGGUUUUUUUCCCUCAUUCCCCCCACCCCCUCCCUCUCCUCUGUCACGGUUCUUCUCAAGCCCCAUCUUCUGUAAUUGUGGACUGGGUGAGUCUGCAGGAAGGACUUUGAACUGGAAGUUGGUUAUGCCCCCUGAGUUUUCUCCUCCUGUUGCUGGUCACUGGCUCUUUUCUUGGGAAGGAAGGCUUGAUAUCAAACAGUUUUAUUAAACCUGUAAGACUUUGUCCCGCCUCUCCACCCUGCCUCCCCCCGCCUUCAUCCUCGCCGAUCUGGGGAAUUCCAGCAUUCCCAUGGUGCAGUUGUACAUCCUGCGACUUGACGAGAUCGGAUCUCCAAGCUAUUUUACUUUACUUCUCACCCCCACUUUAGUACCUGCUCCGAUGAGCACUCUACUCAUUACAUCCCUUUUUUUGCUUUCUUUAUUUGAUAAUUAUUUUUUAUUAAUGUUAUUAUUACGGUUAUUGUUUGAAAAACCUCCCAGAGAGAAGGUUUGCUUGUCACUGCUUAUUUAACUUAUCAGAACAUAUUUAUUGCUGAUCAUAUGCUUUUUUUUUUUUUUUUUUUUAUUAAUUUUGUUUUGUAUUUAUCUGGAUAAUGAACAAUAGAAUAUAUUUUCUUUUAUGUUAAAUUAUGAUCUUCCAUAUUAAUCUAAAGAUUGUGAAGACGUUUUUGUCAGUUUUCCUUUUUUCACAGUUUAAUAUAUUGUACUUCAAUGACUUUUGUUCUGCAACUACACAAAUGAAACUUAAUUUAAAGCAAAAAAAUGCAAAAAAAGACUUUGCGUUUUGAUUAUUUAUUGUACUUUUUUUUUUUUUUUCUUACUCCCUCUUAUCGGACUGCAAUUCCAUCUAAACUAGAUUUGCUUGUAUUCAUUCCUGAAUGUUUUCCCCUUCACAUCUUACAAUAAUCUGACAGUAACAGUAGCUAACUGUUAUUACAUUGAUUCACCUCAUCAGUUUUUGUCUCAGAUCUUGUCCCAGAUCAGAGUAUUUUCUCACAGUACUUGGGUUGGUGGUAGAAGUAAAAUGGGUUGCUGAAAGACCUCUCACAUCACUGGUUUAGGAGAGUCUCCACGUUAGACUGGUUAUGUUGAAAAGUCUUCUGUCUUACACCCAGUCUGUUAUUACAAGCAAUAGCUGUGACCAAAUGGGUUGAGGGAAGUUUAUUUGUGUUCUUAAUUUGAUUGGAUGCUUGAUGCACGAGCUUGGCCCCCUCUUGACCAUUGGAAGUGCCUCUUUGAAUACAUUCCAGGUAGCUAAGGCUUCUGCGCCUUUUUUAUAUUUGAUAAAUGGAGGACAAUUAAUUUUUGUUUUUUUUCUUUUUUUUUUUCUUUAGUCACUUGUUCUGUGUUGCCUUCACGUGUUUUGGAAGAGGUGAACAGAUUUUGACACAAAGAAAGUAAAACAGUUGAAUGUAUUUUUUCAGCCAUGUUUUUUUCACUACAGUAAUUUCUGUGAGUUUCUCUUUUGUAAGUAUUGAUUGCAGUUAAGUCAAUAAACCCCGUAUUUUUUGAAAAGUUGAA